AUGCAACGGUCGAGAAUCGAAGCUCUACUUGCAUCAUUUCCAAAACUAGCAGACAGUAGCACUCAGCAUACUACAGUAGAGCAAGACAAUGUCCGAUUCGUUUACCAACCCCUCGAUGAACUCUACAUGGUCCUUAUAACAAAUCGCCAAUCGAAUAUCCUGCAAGACAUUGAUUCCCUACACCUGUUCGCACAGGUCGUUACUAGCACCUGUAAAACUUUGGAUGAGAGGGAAAUUUUGCGAAAUGCUUACGAGCUCUUGAGCGCGUUCGAUGAGCUGGUGACCUUGGGUUAUAGGGAAAACCUAACAAUCAGUCAAAUCAAAACCUUCUUGGAGAUGGAGAGUCACGAAGAGAGGAUACAAGAGAUCAUUUCACGGAAUAAAGAACUGGAGGCCACUGAAGAGAGAAAACGAAAAGCGAAGCAAUUGGAAAUGCAGCGCAAAGAGAUAUCCAGAAGUGGGAGAGGCAAUGUCUCAAGAGCACCUGUAUACCCGACAUACACACCACCCGCCCGUUCAGCCGUUACAGAAACCUACGAUUCGUACGAGGCAGAAAAGAACAAAUCGUCCAAGGCCGGCGCGCUGAAAGGAAAGGGCAUGCAGCUAGGCAAGAAGUCAAAGACAACCGACAUGUUCGAGCGCGUCAGAGGCGAUAUGGGCGCCGAAGUGGAAGAAACAGCGUCCACUCCACUGGUUCCCAACAACCCUACACAUGUUCCGUCAGAGAAAGCUGCACCACGCAUCUCUUCAUCUUUGGAUCGUGAUGCCAUACACGUUACAAUUGCCGAGACUAUCAACGCUAAGUUAUCGAGAGAGGGUGCUUUGAACUCGCUGGUAAUCGCAGGCGAUUUGCAAUUGAAGAUCUCAGAUCCCACGUUGACAAAGGUCAAAGUGGACCUCACCGCAAAUGCUAGUCAUGGCGUACAAUUCAAAACACAUCCUAAUGUGGACAAGAAUCUUUUCAACAAUAAUAAGACGAUCCAAAUGGCCAAUACCGCAAAGGGGUUCCCGGUUAAUAUCUCUGUGGGUGUUCUUCGAUGGCGAGCAACGCCGAAACCAGACGAUUCUAGCGCUCUUCCAAUCACAUUUACUGUAUGGGUCAACCGAGGCUCAGAUGAUACAUACAACAUCACAGUUGAGUACGAACUCACUGGUGGCGAUCCAUUAAAAGAUGUUACUGUUGUUAUCCCUUAUUCUACUAGCGAGCCUGCUGUGUCAAGCUUUGACGCGACAUACGAAGUAUCUGGCGACAGCCUCGAGUGGACGAUUGGUCUGGUCGACGAGGAUAACGCAAGCGGGUCGUUUGAAUUUGAGGCUCAAGCCGCAGAUGAGAACGAGUUCUUUCCCAUGCAGGUCAAAUUUAGCAAGACUAAACCAUUCAUCGAUGUUGAUGUCCACGAUGUUACGCUUCUCGAAAUGGAUGAGACUGUCACUUUCUCCAAAGAGAUCAAGUCUGUUGCAGACUCUUACUUGAUUGAGUAG